GAAAGCAGUGACCCCGUCCUUCCUUAAAACACCAAAAAUAAAAAUGAAUUUAACAAUACCGGAAUUUUAUAAGGACAAAGUUGUAUUUAUAACCGGAGGAAGCGGAUUUUUGGGCAAAGCUCUGAUAGAAAAACUUUUGAGAUGCUGUCCAGAUCUAAAGACAAUGUACCUUUUAGUAAGGGAAAGAAAAGGCAUGAAGCCCCAGGAAAGGGUCAAACAAAUCCUGAACAACGGGAUUUUCGAUGUAAUAAGACAAAACAACCCAGAAGCCUUGAACAAAGUGGUUGCAGUUUCAGGAGACGUGAGCGCCCUACAAUUAGGCUUAAACGAAGACGAUAAAAAAUUAAUUUUGACCUCUAAUAUAGUAUAUCAUGUUGCUGCAAGUGUCAGAUUCGACGACCACAUGAAAAAGGCGACCCUGAUGAACACUCGAGGAACCAGGGAAAUCCUAGAACUGAUGCUCCUGAUGCCAAAUCUGGUGGUAGGUGUUCACGUAUCUACCACAUAUUGCAACACCGACAAACCAGUCAUCGAGGAAAAAAUGUACAGGGACCACGGAGAUUGGAGGGAAGCCAUCAGGGUUGCGGAAGAGUUCGAAGAUGAUUAUCAAGUGUCGUGUUUAACAGAAAAAUGUCUUGGUGGUUUGAAGAAUACUUAUGUCUACACAAAACAUUUGGCAGAAAACGUUGUGGAAGACUACAGUGAUAGACUGCCUUUGGUUUUGUUCAGACCUGGUGUAGUUGUUUCGACUUGGAAGGAACCAAUCGAAGGAUGGAAUGAUAAUUUAAAUGGACCUAUGGCUUUAUAUGUCGGAGUAGGAAAAGGAAUCCUGAGGACUAUAUACAGUAAAUGGGAUUCGUAUAUGGACUACAUGCCCGUGGACAUGGUCACCAAAGCCUUGGUCAUCAGUAGUUGGAUAAAAGUAGCCAAACCUGUUCCGAACGAAUUGCUACCAGUUUACAAUUGUUCAGUUUCUGGAAAGGCAGACUAUAACCAGGUGGACAUGUGCAAUGUAGGUUUUGAUGUCUUUUCCAAAAGGCCCUUAAAUGAUUGUGUAAUGCACCCUGUAGCUGAUAUUGUCUCCAACGAGUUCGAAUUCAGGAUAAAGUUUAUAUUAUUCAAUUUCCUGCCCGCCUUCUUUUUGGACACCUUGUUGAAGUUAACAGGAAGGAAACCGAUAUUGUUAAGAGUGAUGAGAAAAGUCUACAUGGCAUUGAUGGCUGUUGCUUAUUUCUCGAUUGAAAAAUGGGUCUUCAAAGCUGACAGAAUGUGGGCCCUGAAUGAAAAAUUACAUGAAUCAGACAAAAAAUACUUUUCGUACAACUUCGAUGACUUUGACAUGGAAGAUUAUGUCAUGAAGGCUUUGAUAGGUCUUAAUAAAUAUGUUAUGAAAGAACCCGAAGACAUACCGAAGGCCAUUAAACAAUAUAGAAGAAAUGAAUUGGUGUACCACCAACAAAUAGGUUUUAUAGGAAAAGCAAUCGUGGAAAUUCUUUUACGAUUAUGCGAUGUCCAAAUUAUUUACCUUUUGCUGCGUUCAAAAAAGGGCGUUGCCAUACAAGACAGACUCAACGGAAUUUUGGACAAUCCGUUGUUCGAUAUCGUGAAAAAAACCAAACCAGAAUCUUUGAAAAAAGUGGUGGCAGUACCUGGUGACGUAACAAGUCUCCAACUCGGUUUGAGCGAUGAGGAUAAAAAAUUGGUGUUGGCGUCCAAUAUUGUUUUUCAUGUUGCUGCAAGCGUCAGAUUCGACGACCACAUAAAAAAGGCGACCCUGAUGAACACUCGAGGAACCAGAGAAAUCCUAGAACUGAUGCUCCUGAUGCCAAAUCUGGUGGUUGGUGUUCACGUAUCUACCACAUAUUGCAACACCGAUAAAACAGUCAUCGAGGAAAAAAUGUACAGAGACCACGGAGAUUGGAGGGAAGCCAUCAGGGUUGCAGAAGAGUUCGAAGAUGAUUAUAACUUGGCUUGUUUGACUGAAAAGUGUCUGGGAGGUCUCAGAAAUACCUAUGUGUACUCCAAACAUUUGGCAGAAAAUGCUGUAGAAGACUACAGUCACAAGUUACCAUUAGUACUAUUCAGACCAGGAGUAGUGAUUUCUACAUGGAAAGAUCCAAUUCCUGGUUGGCACGAUAAUUUCUAUGGUCCGAUUGGAUUCGGAAUUGCAGUUGGCAAAGGGAUUAUGAGGACUACAUACACCGGUACGACUCUUUUGCAAGACUAUAUGCCUUUGGAUAUUGUCGUGAAGGCUUUGAUUAUCGCUACUUGGCAAAAAAUAGUAGAUCAGAGUCCUGGCGUUCCAAGACUUCCAGUGUACAAUUGUUCAGUUCUGGGCAAAUUAGAAACAUCUCACAAUCAAUGGCGAGAUGUUGGUUUAAAAAUAAUAAAAGACCAACCCUUCAGUGAUGUCCUUUGGUAUCCUGCCAUGAACACAUGCACCAAUGAGUUUACCUUCAGAAUACACUAUUUCUUCAAACACGUAAUCCCCGGAGCAUUGCUGGAUUGCGCUUUAAAAAUCACAGGACGCAAACCAAUGUUCGUUAAAUUGUUCAAAAAACUCUUCAUCGGUAUGAUGACCAUCGCAUACUUUCUGACCAGACCUUGGGACUUCAAAAGUGACAACAUGUGGUCAUUGACUGAUAAACUAAACCCUGAAGACAAAGACAAAUUUGCUUAUUCCUUUGAUGGUUUCUCAAUCGAUAGUUAUAUGAGACAAGCUCUAACAGGAUCCAAGUUGUAUUUGCUGAAGGAACCGAUUAAUUUUGAAAAGGACAUGAAACGACACAAAAGAUUGGCUGUGAUUUAUUAUAGUCUUUUGUACACAACGUAUGGUGCAAUUUUAUACUACUUUUUGACCAGCAAGUGGUUCAAUGGAGCUGUUAAUAAUUUUUCAGCAAGAGUAUCUUAA